UUUCCUCUUCCUUUUUUUUUGGAUAUCAUAAAUAUGUAGUCAUAUACAUAUAUACGUUGGACAUUUCGUGUAAGGUAGCCAUAUCAACAUACGUAGGCGAAUUGAUAGGAUUAAAUGGGGGAAACUGGUUACUUAUUUACAUGAAAUAACAUGUUUUGUGAUUUUAUUUUUAUGUGGUCGUUGACACUCAUGUUGAUAGAAAUAUAAUUCGGAUUUACUGUUGAGAUUAAUUCGGAGGGGAUAUCUGGAUUACUGGAAUAAUCAGUUGAAAGGGGAGAGUUUGAAGAUGAAGACUAGUUAAUUGGUUUUAUUAGUUCUAUUGAGACAAUUGAUAUUUGCGAUCGAUUGUGCUCAUUUUUUUAUUAAUCCGCCAAGAUUAUUGAGAUGACACGUGAAAACAACAAAUUAUUUAUGUUUAUUUUUGUCACUCGGAUAAUCUAUUAUCGCUCUACAAUCAAUUCUUGGUGAACUCUUGCAGUCAUUAUUGAUAAUUACUGUGAAAGAAUGGCCAUUCGAAUAACUCUAGAAUGUGGCCAUGUAUCGAUGUUGAGACCGAGAACAACUCUUGAAGGCUACACACACGAUUGGGAAGUGUUUGUUCGUGGCGUUGACAAUGCUGACAUAAGUCAAUACGUUGAAAAAGUGGUGUUUCAACUACACGAGACCUUUCCCAAGCCCAAGAGAACAUUGAAAGACGCACCAUAUGUUCUGAAAGAGUCGGGUUACGCUGGUUUUGUUCUGCCCAUUUAUAUUUACCUUAAGAACAAGGAUGAACCCAAGAAGAUAGAGAUAUCGUAUGAUCUUACCUUGGCACCCAGUGGACCGGCUAUCACUAAUGUUAUGAGACACUCGGAAGUUAUUACCAAUCCUCCUGAUGAUUUUAAAAGGAAGUUACUCAAGGGUGGUGGUGUGUCUGUACCAACAUCCAACGAAGCCCACGACAAGAGUGAAUCAAAGGUAUCACCUCAAAUGUCGGGGAAACCAAAAUUGAGUGGAGCAGAGGCGAAGAAGCAUCGUCCAAUGGAGCCUCGAUCAACCAAUCAAUUCGCACAUCUAUUCGGAGUUCCCAUAAAAACUGGCAACAAAGUCUCUCCAGAGGCGAAAAAAAUCCAGGACAAGACCAACCACCACAAGACGCCUCCGGAGAAGUCGGAAAAGGUCGAGAAAUCGAGUAAAUCAAAGUCCAGUCCCCACAAGGAUCCCAAGAAAGAUAAAACCGAGGAUAACAAGAAAGACAAGAAAGACAAGGACGCAUCGAAAGAUAAGGACAGAUCAAAGGACAAAGUGAAGAGGCCCCAGAGUCCCCCCAAACCCGAUUACCAAAGCCCUGUCCCCAAGAGGCCGCAGUCGCCUGCAUCGAAGAAGCAACUGAGUCCUCACGACUCCAACAUUCAAAAGUCCUCAUCUCCAAAAAUACGAGAGAAAGACCACAAGAAGUCGGUAAUUGAUCGUGAGAAGCACACGGAGAAGCCAGUGAAACCCCCAGAGGAUGUGAAAGUCGACAAGAAGAAGAAAAAACACAAGGAUGACAAGGAGUCAGAGCGAAAGGAGAAGAAUCGUGAGAAGAAUAAGGAGAAAUCAAAGGACCCAAAGCCUGUGGAGAAGAAAGCAGAGAAGCAUGAGAAGCCAGAGAAGCAGGAGAAAGAAAAACUCCAGGAGAAUCGUCCCCAGAAGGACGUUAAAAAGUCCCCGAAACCGUCGAAAGAUGGCGAACGAAGUUCCUCCAAGAGUCGUCCUGAGGUAGACAAGCCUAAAGAGCAAAAGGUCGACAAAGAGCGUCAGAAGCACAAACACAGGAAGAAGGAUAAGAAGGAGAGAAGUGACGACAGCAGGGAGAGAGAGAAACGAGACAAGAAGGAUAAACAAAAGUCUUAUGACAAGGAUGGGGCUCCAGCAGUACCAGCGAGCAAUCCUCUUUCGACUCUUCUUGCUGAGGUACAGGACAGAGACAGCAGUGACUCGAAUUCAGGUGAUGAGGAGGAACACAAGCCAGUUAUUAGUGUUAAGAAUGAUCCGGAGAGCAGCAGACUUGUUCCAGAGGUGAGAUUAACGAGGCCAGUAUCACCGAGUGGAUCUUCAGGGAAGGUUAAAAGUGAAAAGGUCAAGAGGGAGAAGUCGAAGCCCCGGUCUGAUGACAAGGAUAACAGGAAGAGGAAGAGGAGGAGUGAUAGCAAGGGCGAUGACGAUGUUCCAGCGAAGAGGGAGAAGGAUCCAGCCUUCUCACCACCUCUUGAGCCAGUCUCAUCGAGCCAAUCUCCAGUUGCUGCGGAGAUGGCUGCCAAUUAUAGUAGUAAUGUCAAAGAGCAGGAUGAUUUGCACAGUAAGGAGGCGUUUGAAACUGAACAAAUAGCACCAGACUCCACUAAUAACAUGCUGGUGGAGUCCGAGGGGGAUGAACCCCUUGUCUUCUCUGAAGAUUAUGUGUCACAGCUGAAAGACUUGCAGCAGAAGAUUAUGACGUUGCAGGACAACCAGGAGCUGCAAAGGGUUGUCCAGGUGAUUGCUGCCACUGGCCAGUAUGAAAUAACCAGGAAGACAUUUGACUUUGAUCUUUGUGCGCUUGAUCGGAGGACUGUUCAACGACUGCAAGAAUUCUUCUCAGCAUCCUGACGAGUCGAUGAGUAAUCGAUUGAUUAUCGGUUUGUGAGGGCAAGUUUAUUGUUUGGUUUUUUUUUUUAUUGUUCCGGUGGAUCGUCUCUAUUUAUUGAUGAUGAGUGGUGAUUCGGAGGGGAGUAAGAGGGCUGAAUAUUAAGGGGAUGAGUGGGCAGGAAAAACUUCCGGUUUGAAGAGGGGGGAAUAUUUUUUUGAUUUAUUGAUUUUGAAGACUUUCAAAAGUCCUCGGAGGGCCAUGAUGAUGAUGGAAAAUUUUCUCUCACGGCUUUCAUGUGGAAGUUUUCCCUGGAUUUUCAACUGAAAUAUUUAUGAGUAAGUAAAACGACUAGAGUAAACCUCUUACUUCACUCAAUCACGAGAAUUCAUAGAAAAUAAGUAGAUUCAAAUGUUAUGUAAAUGUUAAAACAACUUGUACAUUACGUUGCGCCAAACUGAGUAGUUUAGGAAUGAAUUAUCAUUUAUUCAACGCUGUCCAAGACAUUGCCAAAUAGUUUCAUUUUUUUUUCUUUUUUUUUUGUAUUAUUAAUAAUUCCUGGACAUCAUUGUAAUGAAGAAAAAUGAGUGAAUGAAAAUUUGGAAAAUCUUUUCUCAAAGAUUUUUAUUGGGACGAAAUUCUUUGAAAAUCAGUUUUAGAAUGUUUAGUGUAGUUGUGAAUUACAACUAAAUACAUACUCAGCCUCGUGACUUUAAUAAAUUAUAUAUUUUGAAUAUAAAUUGAAGAAAUUUUCGUCGUUAAGUGAAUUUACGUUAUCGUGAGAGAAUGUAUGAAAUUCGAGGGAACAGAUUGUUCCUCAUUAGUGCAGCAUAAUAGGGCAUAAUAAAAUAAUAUAAUUUAUUGAACAAAAUAUUGAGAAAAUCCUCUCUAUAGGUAAGUACGAUAAUUAAUCGUAAUUGUAAAAUUAAGUUUGAGAAAAAUGGAGCUUAAAAUUCUGCAAGUCUAACGAAAACAUGAAUUUAUUAUGUUCAAACUCUUGGUUGAACAGAGAAUUUUUUAAAAAAUUGUAUGUUGAUAUAGGCAGAAACAAAAUUGACAUUUUUUAUUAAUAUUUAAUUUGUUUUCAUUUUAAAACCUGUAACAGUAUCCAAACGUUUUGUUAUAUAAAAAUAAAAAUGGUAUAAAAAUUGAA